AUGGGGAAUGUAUUUGCAAGCUUAUUCAAGGGCCUGUUCGGCAAGAAAGAGAUGAGAAUCCUCAUGGUCGGGCUCGAUGCUGCUGGAAAAACAACUAUCCUAUAUAAACUGAAGCUCGGAGAGAUCGUCACCACCAUUCCCACCAUCGGUUUUAACGUUGAAACGGUAGAAUACAAGAACAUCAGCUUCACGGUUUGGGAUGUGGGCGAAACCUGCCGGUGGAGGGGGCGGGGCCUAAAUGGCAGGUGUGCCCUAAGCCCCGCCCCCCGGAGGGAAGAGGCCUUCCUGUUUGCGGCCACCGGCCGGGACCUCCAGUGCGAGAAGGCGGGCAGGAAGUACUUCACCAUCGACGACGGGGCCACGCUGUUCAUAGACCUGCUGCAGCUGGUGGAGUUCCACCAGAUCAACACAGGAAUCCUCCCCGUGUGCCUCCAACACCCCUGUGUGUGCGUGGCGCUCUGA